AUGUCGCUUCACUCUUAUAUCAACAAGAAAGUAUGCAUUUUGACGGUUGACGGCCGCACACUGCUGGGAACAUUACUCUCCACCGACCAGCUAACGAACCUGGUUCUCCUGGAUACGAUCGAGCGAAUCAUCCGCACCCCCGACGACCCGGAACCCAGCUCCCAGAUUGAGCAUGGGCUGUAUCUGAUCCGAGGCGACAACGUCGUAUUAUGCGGAGAGGUUGACGAAGCCAUUGACAACGACAUCGACUGGACGAAGGUCAGGGGAGAAGUGGUCAAAGGCACCAAGAACGCAUGA